UGGUGCCCCUCCCAUCAUCCCAUAGCUCCGAUAAACCGCGAAUUUCUUCAAAUCACUAGAACCCAUGUUGGAAAAACCCGCCUUCUACUCAUCCCCCAUAUCUCGCAACGAUAAAACCUUCUCCAUCGAUCUUUAUGCGAGACACGGCAAACGUUGAUUCUUUUGGCGUCUCCAAUUGAUCGCCUACCGACUCGAACUCGAAUUGUCCGCGGGGUGCCGACCUGAAAAAAGAUCUCCGCCAACCACCCGACCGACCGACCGAUUAAGGCCGUUGAUUCUCUCUCUCCUCGGGCGAUCGAAGAGGGAAGAGCGUACAGUAAGGGGUGGCAAAGGAAAGAGGAAGGAGAACAGGAAGACAGAGAGAAAGGGAGAGAGAGAAGAGAAUGGGCCCCGCAGCCCUCGAAGCCCAUAUGUCGCCGACCACCCGCGAGAUCCUAGCCAAGGUGCGCCAGAUAGUGCCGCCGAUGCUUGAAAAAUUCCACAAAGGUCAAUUAGGCCGCGUCGCCGUCAUCGGCGGUAGCGAAGACUAUACGGGCGCACCGUACUUCUCCGCAAUGGCGAGCGCGCGUCUAGGAUGCGAUAUGUCCCACGUUAUAUGUACACCCAACGCCGCCGCCGUAAUCAAGACCUACAGCCCGAACCUGAUGGUACACCCGUUGAUGCGACAAUCGCCGACGGGCCGUAAUCCCCCCGAUGCCGAGGAUCUAGCGCAUGUAGCGAACCGCAUCAUCGACAUGCUACCGCGUCUGCACGUCCUCGUUAUCGGGCCGGGGCUUGGCCGCGAUCCGCUCAUGCAGGAGACCUGCGCGAAGGUGCUGACCGCCGCCCGCGAGCGUCGGAUGCCCGUCGUCCUGGAUGCUGACGCGCUGGCCCUGGUCACCAAUACUCCCGAGCUUGUUAAGGGCUGGCACGAGGUCGUUCUCACACCUAACGUCGUCGAGUUCGGGCGCCUAUGGAAGGGCAUAAGAGGCGACGAUUCCGCCGCCGUUGGCAGUGGUGCGGACUCCUCGGCCGAAGUGGAAGAGUUGGCGCGGGCGCUCGGAGGGGUUACGAUCGUUCAGAAAGGGGAGCAGGACUUGAUCAGCAACGGCAAGACGACACUGACGGUGGAUCAGCCAGGGGGGCUCAAGCGCAGCGGCGGCCAGGGCGAUACCCUGACGGGGAGUAUCGCGACCUUCCUUGCCUGGCGCAAGGCCUACCACGACGGCCUGUGGGACCACGGGGGAGGCCUACAGGAGGCGGAGACAUUAGGGCUUGCCGUGUUCGGGGGCGCCGCUAUCACUCGGGAAUGCUCGCGGCUCGCCUUCAAGAAAAAGGGCAGGAGCCUGCAAGCCAGCGACCUGACGGACGAAGUCCAUAUCGCGUUCCUCAAUCUAAUAGGAGAACCUGAGAGCGAACGCUAGUGAAAUUCGUAGCCCCGAGAUGACACACUCAAGGCUGUAGAAGGCAGCUUCGGGGCCGUUAAUAGUGUCUAGGAUCCAACUUCGGCCCGCUUACUCGCGCAAUCACGGAAAGUAAUAUCCCCCCGUAUUACGAUUGUAUUGCCUACCUUUAGAAUCAACAAUGCGAUUAUCGACUGACGGGUCCUGCGGAUUGGGUGCGCUAGGUAGAGCCUGACUGACAACGGACAAUGGAAAUACACACGAUCGAGACAAUAAUAAGGGUGUGAUUAAUUUGUU